AUGCUCGGUGAUGUGUCACCCACCGCGACCUCAGCGUAUGUUUUGCCCACAAAAGAGACAACACUCGUCGGCGUCACGCACACCGAUGCCGAGCGUGCGACAGCGCGUGCCGCGAGUGCGCUCGGGAUUCCCCUCAUCCUCAGCGGCGCUGCCUCGCGUUCGCUCGAGCAGGUCGCAGAGGCGAAUAGCCCACUGUGCAGCGUGCUCGUCGUCACCGUCGACAUCACGGCCAUCGGGUGGCGCUACCUCGACCUCGACUCCGGCUUCCUCUCUUUUGCGCACAGACUUGGGAUCCAACCCGCGCUCUUGGACCCCAAGUUUAUGGAGCCCCACGGCGCCGGGGCUGCACCACACACCGACGAGAGCGACAUUUAG